AGGCCGCCGGGCGUGGCCUCGUCACGCUGGAGCUGACGCGGAAGGACCUCGACGAGCUGGGCCUGUCCACCAAGCUGAGGUUCCCGAAGCGCGCCGGCAUGUACGAGGGCGUUUUCGGCAGGGACAUGGGGAAGCCCUCUGACCCGGCGAACGCCCUCCGCAACGCGCCGCGCCACGCCGCCUCCGCGCCCAGCCUGCAGCCGCAGGCAGGGGACGCCCGUCUUGAGCGGGAGGAGGUUGAGUUCGUGGCCGACGCGUUGCGGAACGUGCCGAAUUUGCGGGCCCUGGUGUCCACCGACGAGGACUGGGCGAGCAGGCUUGCCGGCCUGUUCACCAAGCGGCAGGUGCCGAAGGACACCGAGGUGGCGACUGCUGGGGAGCCAGGCAACGAGUUCUUCGUCGUCGCCGAGGGCUCCGUCGGCGUCUUCCAGAGAAGCUCGGGCGACGGCCCGAAGACAGCGGAGGCUGGGGUGCACGCGGAGAAGCUCGAGCGGCUGAUAGGGCGGAGGCACGAGUUCUUGCAGCAGCUCUCCACGGACGCGGGCGCCCCCAGGUCGCGGGCCGGGAUCGCGACCUCCGUGUGGGUGCGGGCGGCGGGUGGCGGCGCGGCUGCGGCGGGGAGCGAGAGGCCGCAGGGCAGGGCGUGCGCGACCGAGGAGAAGGACAAGAGGCGGCGCGCCACGCUGGCCCUCCCUGGGCGGCGGCAGUUCAGCAGCGAGUCCAGGUUCAGCAGGCAGGACAAGGACGCCCGCGGAGACGCUGCGUGCGCGGAGGUACGCGUGCGAGGCGGGACCUACGGGGAGAUGGCCGUGUUGUACGGCGUCAUGUACCUCUCCACUGCGCGGACGCUGGAGG